AUGGCUACCAAACGACAAUACGAUCUCAUCCUCCUGGGUGCGACUGGCUACACGGGCAAGCUGGUAGCUGAAUAUAUCACGUCCAGCCUGCCGACCAACAUCAAAUGGGCAGUUGCCGGCCGCAAUCCGUCCAAGCUGCAGUCUCUGGUCAAUGAAUUGAAGUCCCUCAACUCGACACGCAGCACUCCCGACAUCAUCACCAUCGCCAGUCUCACCGCCCCUGAAUUGAGUACCCUCGCCAAGAAAACCAAAGUCCUCCUCAACACCGUGGGACCGUACCAUUUGUAUUCCACCCCGGUCGUCGAGGCAUGUGCUCAAUCUGGGACCCAUUAUCUAGAUGUCACCGGCGAGACUCCUUGGGUCAGAGAUAUUAUUGUCAAAUAUGAGGACACCGCGAAGAAGACUGGUGCCGUUUUGAUCCCGGAGGUCGGCGUUGAAUCCGCUCCCUCGGAUCUGGUCGCCUAUAUCGCAACUCGCCUGAUCCGCAAGGUCUGGGAUUGCGGUGUCAUGGAUGUCGUCGCCUCUGUCCACGAGCUCAAGUCCUCCGGCCCCAGUGGAGGCACCAUUGCCACCGGCCUGGGCCUCAUGGAUCACUACCCAGCCCAAGUGAUGGCCCAAUGCAUGAACGACCCCUUUGUGCUCUCCCCAUCCCACCUUCGCCCAUUUACCAAGGAGAACAUCUACCCCCGCAAUCCAGAGCCCAACACAUACAUGCGCACUGGGCUGCAGAAAUCCACCGGUGUCUGGUCCUAUCCUCGUCUGGGCCACCUCACCACCUCGGUCGCCGCCAAACCCAACCAAGCCAUCGUUCAACGAUCGGCGGGUCUGACACCUUACUUCUACGGCUUUAAUUUCACCUACGAGGAGUACAUGGCCGUCAGCAGCCCUCUCGCCGGCAUGUUGAUCCACCUGGCCCUGAGCCUCUUCACCUUGUUCAUCGCCUUCCCACCGACCCGUGCCAUUAUGAAGAUGUUCGCCAAGUACAAGCCCGGUACCGGCCCCAGCAAAGAAUCGACCAAGGGUGACGUCCUGGAGCUUCGUGCCAUCGCCGUCGCCGAACAACUCUCCAAAACUCCGCGCAAGGCCUUCGCCACCUUCCGCUACGAGGGCAGCAUGUACCUGCUCUCCGCCCUCCUCUUGGCCGAGGCGGCCAUGGUUCUUUUGACCAAGGAGGAGGACGUCAAGAACGACCAUGGCUCUGGAUUUUUGACCCCCUCGUGUCUGGGUGACGAGUACCUCGAGAGAUUGGGUAAGGCUGGCGUCAAGACCGGAGUUCAGCAGAUUGGCGAUAUUGGCAGCAAGUAA